AUGAAGGUAGCUCCACUGGAUGGAGAAAUUUGCCGGAAGAAGUUAAAGAACCAUGCUGAUAUAGAUUCAGACUUGUUGGUUAAACGUAAGAGAUGCUUAAGUCUACUUCCAAGUCCAACGGAAACAGCAAACCAAUCGCCAUUGGUUCGCCUGGAUACAUUUUAUUCCGACUCGACAAUCAAAAAUGCAUCGAUAGAGGACUUUACGCAAAUUGGUAAUUUGGAUAAGUUUGGAGAAGAUCUAGAUUCUUGCUCAGAAUUCGCCAAAACCACGACUUGUUUAUCCAAACCUGGGACCAGCAUUUUGCAGCGCAUAGAUCGUAUGAUUUUAAUUUUAAAUGAGUUAGGCACUCUUUAUCCAAAUUGGAAGCAUAGACGCAAUGGUUUACUUCGUUUCUAUUGUCACAAGUUUAAUGUUUCCAGAGUUGUGGCAUCAUCUACCUAUUAUGAUAAAAUACUCUCUGGCCUAGAACUAGCAGAUUGUUCUAAUGUUAAUUUGAAAAUAUUGUCCCUGGAAUAUGAAGGGCCUGAUAUGAGGCAUAUCAACCGGCAUAAUAUAUAUUCAAGGAAUGCAAAGAUUGAACGCACACUAUGCCAGUUGGAUGAAUUUGGAAGUUGUUAUUGUAGCAAGAAAUGUGCUUUUGGAGUGUAUCAAAAUGGUGUACACGUUUGCAGUAAUUCUCGUGGAAAUACAACUGACUGGGAUUUGGGAACUAUGAAAGAUUGCUUUAUAUCAUCUCCAAAAUUUUUAUCAAAUUGCGAAUACGAAGUUAUGGAUUUCUUCUCAGAACGUGGUAUAAUGCAUUCAUUUUCGCGUCCAUAUGCUUCUGAAUCCAUCGUAGAGGCUAAUCCUCCAUUCACCAGGGCAGCUACGUGUGCUAAUUGUGGAAGACUAUGUCGUUGUAAGUGUCAAAGGAAGCUCUUCAGAUGUUUUAAUACUAACAUAUCAGAUCAUAGAGCAGAGAGUGAAAUACCUUCAAAGACUUUUCUAAAUUCUAUAGAAAUUUAUCCACCAAAUAAUACUUUUGGAGUUAUGCAGGCCUCUGUGGCAGUAUCACAUGGAUUAAAAGCGCAGUCCGGUACGAUUAAUAUUUUUUCAAAUCCGUCCAAUGAAUCAAAGUUAUAUGAAAAAUCAAAAUUCCACACAUUUCCUGCUCUAAUCAACCAAUUAUUUAGAAUAUCUUUGUCAAAAACAGCCCCUGAGGAAUUAUUUAAUGUUUUGUCCAGUGAAACUUUGACUCAUUCUCUUAAUAUAGAAGAAGAAGCCCUUGGAAGAUGGCGAAAUGUACCAUCUUUCAAGGCGUGGCGUUACUGCUGGUGGAGAUUAAGCUCUAGGUUUGUUCCUCCAGCAGGAUCCUACGAAGACUGUGAUUCUACUUCCACUGAUGUACCUGUUUAUAAGUACAUUUAUAGUGUAUUAGAGAUAUUCGAUGCCUUAGGAAAUGUUCGCUAUGAUCCCAGAUUACAAGUUAUUGGGGUUGGAUACUUACAAAAACGCAAUCGUACAUCAUGCUAUUGGCGAUAUUUUUAUAUAUCUGAACUAGGAUUAUGGAAAGCUUUCACUAAGGCUGUAGAAUACUUUCUUUUGAUAUCUACAUUACCAGUUGAACUUUCUCUUGACAUUAAAUCCAUGCAUUGGACUGUUUGUAAGUGUCAUCAAGGAGUUAUGCAUAGAAAAAGUUUUUCUACGGGAAAGUAUGGCAUGAUAAGGGGUUAUUAUUUGGCUCUUAAAUGGCUUGAGAAUGUACUUAACGGCUUUAAUAUCACAGCGGACACUAUGUCCGAUUUUGAGAAUGAAUCAGAUGUUGGUAAUGACACCUUGACAGAAACAAAAUGCGUAGAACAGGGAACAACACUGGAAAAGUCUACAGUUGCAGAUAUGUUAAGACUAUCUGCGAGGAGAAAGGAAAUUACCUAUUUAUAUUCAAUUUCUAACAGCGGAAUAUCGCUAUCUGCGGAUGUAGCAGGUGCAGACGGCGCUGACAUUGGCACACCUAAGUCCUCACUUUUAAGGGUCAGCUAUGAGCGUGUAUUUGAUGGGAAUAUGAUUGCCGCGACAUCAAAGUCUAAACGUACAAAUACAUCACGAGUUACAGAUCGUUCUAGUGUGGGAUAUACCCAAAGAUCUGUAAUAUCCCUUACGAACUUUGAGCGUGGUAUUUUUGGAAAGGAACUUUCUAAACAUUUUGAGAUUUCUGAUGGAAAUUCUUUACAUGAGAAGGGUGGAGAUAAUUCUGUUCCUUUUAAAGAGACAAGCUCUAUUCCUCCUGUUAUAAUUCCACGAGUGCAUAAUAAAUGGAGGAAGUUGGAAAAGAUACGAUCAAGAAGCUUUUUGAGCGUGCUAGCAAAUCAAUAUCCAGAGCUCAGAGAAUUUUAUAAUUCUGCAGUUAGACAGCUCGAUGAAGGUGUAAAACAACUGCAAGUUCAUGCAGAAACUAUUUCCAUGAUUGAAAAAACAGUAUCGUACAUACCUAAAACAUACACAGCAAUAUAUUCCACUGAAGACUUUAAACAACACCAAAGUUACACAACUAAUGGCUGUUCUCCAGAUGUUAUUACAGAAACCAUAACCCUAGGUGAUUCUAAAAGAAUGAUUAGUCCUAUAACAAGCUCACUCGCGGAGGCUCAGAAUAUUGCUGAGGUAUUACCAAUUAACAAUGUUACAUAUCAUAAAAACAGUGAUACUUGGUCAUGUGCCCUAGAAUGUGCACCCUGUGUUGUUUGUAUUUCUAAGGCCUGUGAAAGGACUCCUAAUUGUAUGAUUUUUCCUAAUGGACGUGAACUAAUUCAAGAAUUAUCAAAGAAACUCAAGCCAUGUAGUAUGAAGUUUACCGCGCAUCCGUUUUACAAGGAGAGUCCUGGUAUCUGUGUGAUUAAAGGAAAUACGGAUUCUUGGUGUUUACUUUCAUACUCUGUUGCGAAAUAUGGAUAUGAAGGUGCUAAAGCCUUAGCAAUUGAAUUUAAGAGGAGGUAUGUACAAGAAUCACUUUCGACAUUCUUAAGCGGUAAACAUGAUGUUCACGACAAAAUGCUUUUGAUUUCUCUAUCUAAUCAUUUGGUUUCAAUGUUAUCCACCCAAGCAUUUAUAGUAAGUUCUUCUUCCGUCUCUGUUGCAGAUAAGAAUAAAAUUGAGGUUGUUUGUAAGACUGAAACCGGAUUAAUUCCCGAUGUCGCAAAUUCAGAACUAAAACUUGAAAACAAUCCUGAUGAUCCAAAGAAACAAAAUCUUUCUCGUGUAGAGGGUCAAAUAUUUAUGGACAUUAGACUUGGAACUGUCGAUAAUAAACUUAUAGCUAAAGAUUUGUGUUUCUCUUUUGGUACAGAUUUUGUCGGUAUUGAUGGGAAGGUUUGCACCGAUACUAUACUCAAGACAACAAUACCAUUGUCUCGUAUAUGUAGAAUCCUUGGGAUCACAUAUUUAUCCAGGAAGCUCCUGAGCAGCUACUCUUUGAAGGGUAUUGAGUUUUGUAUAAAUCACUGCUGUUGGGUAACCCAUUGGACAGACUUUGUUCAUCAAAAUAGGGUGAUGUACCACAAACUUGAAACUUUUUUAGAUGUAAAAAGUGUAUCUACUUUGAUAUCUAAGUUCGAUGAUUGGACGGAAGCAUUAGUUCUGCAUGGAAAGUGUUAUACUAAUGAUUCUGCGGGUACUAAGAAUAUCGUAGACGCCAGUAAACGUUUUCAACAGGCGUUUGAAACAUUAAUUCCUCUUCAAAGAGUUUUGUUUGAUGCAUUAAUUGCUAGUUUUUCUCUCGCUUUGAGGGCACUCACCGAUUCAUACCAUGAGCGGGGGCUUAUGAAGAGACUAUUUGAAAUCUAUAAUCACCUGAAAGGUUCAGAUGAGGAUAUUGCUAAAGAAGUAGUUUCACGUUGUUUGGCAUUCUCAGAUACUAUUACCUUUCCUUUUGGGUCUAUUCACGAUGAAGCCACCCCUCCUCUUUCAUCUGAGGAGUAACUUUAAUGUUAUAUCAUAC